GUCGAUGCUCGCGCGCAGCCCCCACACGCUCAAUAGACAGUUCGACGCCGGAGCAUUUUGGCGCGGUAAGAUUUGUGUAACAUUGCUCGCUGAUCAUGCCAUUGUGGGCUGUGCCUGAAUGAGGUCUUCUCGACUUCAGUCCACCAUCCGACACGGCAACCCGAGGUUCGAGCUUGCGACGCGUUCUGUCGAUGUCGUGUUCGAAAAGCUUCGCGACGGCGGACGAGUGUGAAGCGGCGGUUCCGCACGAUGAAGAGAUUCCAGUGCGAUCGAUAGGUGUCUCGUUCCGAUCCGUCAAUGCCUUCGCUUUCGCAACACCAACCGACUACCAGAGGACUUUUGGCAACUUCCCGCUCGCACUCGCGAAGCAAGCCGCCACUUACGUCGGAUAUGGGAGGGACAAGCGACGAGUGAACAUCCUGCGAAACUGCGAGGGCGUGGUGAAAAGCGGAGAGAUGCUGCUUGUGCUGGGGAGGCCUGGAGCAGGAUGCUCAACGUUGUUGCGAACGAUUGCCGGCGAGACGAAGGGAUUCCAGGUGGAAGAUAAUGCGGCUUUCAAUUACCAAGGAAUCAAGGCCUCCCACAUGCACUCGCGCGCACGAGGAGAGUGCAGCUAUCAGGCCGAACUCGACGUCCACUUCCCGACGCUCACAACAUGCGAGACAGUCAUGGUUCCUGUCCAGGCGCGGAGCACGGGAGUUUCUGGCCCCCGGCGCGUCGUCCGAAAGAAGAUCGAGAUGGCGAGAGCGAUGCGGAUACUUAAAGACCUUGGGUUGUCGCACACGGCGGACACAAAAGUCGGCAAUGAAGAGAUACCAGGCAUUAGCGGCGGAGAGCGGAAGAGGUUGAGCAUCGCAGAAGUGCUCGCAUCCAGUACCGCGCUCCAGUGCUGGGACAAUAGCACUCGCGGGCUGGACAGCGCGAACUCGCUCCAGUUCAUUCGAACAAUCAGGGAUCGGAGCAAUCGCUUGGGAACCACCGCGUUGGUGAGCCUGUACCAAGCGUCCGAUGACAUUUAUAAGAUGUUCGAUAAAGUAUGUGUGCUGUGUGAAGGUCACCUGGUUUACUUCGGCCCCACGUGGAUGGCACGCGAAUACUUCGAACGGCUUGGAUUUGUCUCCUCCGAAGCCGAUACGGACGCGGAAUUCCUCACAUCAGUGACGAACCCAGCUCGCAGGCGUAUCCAGUCUGAAAACGGGAAUAUUGUUCCGCGGACACCAGCCGAAAUGGCGGCGAGGUGGCGGUGUUCCCUUGAGCGCGCCGAGCUGCUCAGGGACAUUGCCCUCUUCGAAGAGAUGCACCCGUUCACGUCGACGGGUAUACCUUCAGAGCCGUACCGCGUCUCGAUGGUCCGCCAGGCCAAACUAUGCAUCACGCGCGGAUUCAUCCGAUUGAAGAACGAUCUGGCACCUCCGAUAUCCAAUCUCGUGGGCAACUGCAUUCUAGGCGUAGUCCUCGGCACAGUGUUUCUCAACCUUCCGGACGACACGAGCAGCUUCUUUGCUCGCUCCGCACUGCUCUUUUUCGCGACCCUACUCAAUGCCUUCGUUAGCGGCUUCGAGCCAGGCAUGAUCUGGGACUCCCGGCCUAUCGUCGAGAAGCACUAUCGGUACGCGCUUUACCGGCCAAUCUCGGAUGCUAUCGCCUCGAUGAUAUGCGACUUGCCGAACAAGAUUGUCUUUUCCAUCACGUUCAAUGCGCCCAUCUACUUCCUGCCGAAUCUGCGAAGGACUGGUUCGGCAUUCUGCACUUUCUGGCUCUUUUCCUUUACGUGUUUGCUUGCGAUGUCGAUGAUAUUUCGUGCGAUUGGAUCAUGGUGUACAACACUAGCUGGCUCGAUGGCGCCUGCCGCUCUUUUCAUGCUGCUUCUUAUGAUUUACUCGGGAUUCCCAUUGCCGGUCCCAUAUAUGCGGCCGUGGCUGCGGUGGUUCAACUACGUGAAUCCUGUCGGAUACACGUUCGAGAGUUUGAUGAUAAACGAGUUCUCUGGCCGUGAGUUCCCAUGCCAGCAGUUCAUUCCCCAGGGUCCUGGAUACGGUGACAAUGUGUCGGCCAGCCAAACAUGUAAUGUCGUCGGUGCCAUGCCCGGACAAGGAGUCGUUCGAGGAGAUGAUCAUAUUCGUAUGAGCUAUGGAUACUCUCCUGAUCACCUGUGGAGGAACUUCGGAAUUCUGAUCGGUAUCAUGGCUUUCGCAUGCGUGCUCCACCUCUUAGGCGCAACCUACGCCACAGUGAAGCGAAGCCGAGGCGAAGUCCUCUUAUUCAAGGAACGUGGCGCCGCAAUAACUGAAUCUGUUCAAGAAAAGCCCCUUCGAACCGAUUCGGGUAUUGCUGAGACGUUGACCGAUAAGCCAAAAUCGGUUAGCAAUCAUGGAGAAGUGGCGCUCUGCUGGGAUAAGGUGACGUUUGACGUCAAGGCCGGAAAAGCAUACAAACGACUCUUGAACGAGAUAGAUGGCUGGAUCGAGCAUGGGACCCUGACUGCUCUAAUGGGUGAAUCCGGAGCCGGCAAAACCACACUGCUCAACGUCCUCGCCGGCCGUGAAUCUGUCGGUAUAGUCCGCGGCGACAUGCUUAUCGACCCUUCGUUUGCUUCGGAAGGGUAUGCUAGGAAGAUCGGAUACGCCCAACAACAGGAUAUCCAUCUGCCCACAGCAACGGUGCGAGAAGCAUUACAGUUCAGCGCCCUGCUUCGGCAGCCGAAAUCGUAUUCCAAGGAGGAGCGCUUGGCCUAUGUUGAAGAAGUCAUUGUUUCCUUGCAGAUGGAAGCAUUUGCCGAUGCAAUCGUCGGCGUGGCUGGAGAGGGUCUCAAUGUCGAACAGCGCAAGAGGCUCACCAUCGGAGUUGAGCUUGCGGCACGACCGGAGCUGCUCCUGUUUCUCGAUGAACCAACUUCCGGUCUGGACAGCGACACCGCGUGGGCAAUAUGUUCGCUCCUGCGCAGGUUGGCGGACCAGGGCCAGGCCAUCCUCUGCACCAUCCAUCAGCCGUCGGAGUCCUUGUUUAGCAUGUUUGACCGACUGCUUCUUCUCCGACAAGGCCGAUGCAUCUAUUUCGGAGACAUCGGUCCCAAGGCUGAUGCCAUGAUUCGGUACUUCGAGGAGCGAGGCGCAGAUCCGUGCGAAGAAAGGCAGAACCCUGCUGAGUGGCUACUGGAUGUGACGAAUCACCCCACUGGUCUCAUCGACUGGACGGCCGAAUGGCAGAAGUCUGCCGAGAACCAGCAAGUUCGCGAUAAGAUUGAGACUCUCCGAGAGAAGCUGCUCAAGACCGAGGAGUACGAGAUGAGUAAGCUGCAAUUCGCAACAUCGUUCCCGACCCAACUGCGGCUCACUACGUCGCGGCUGUUCACCCACUUCUGGCGGACGCCGACGUAUCUGUACUCAAAAGCAGCCCUGUGCCUCGGGUCGGCAUUGGUCAUCGGCAUCUCGUUCUGGCUCUCGCCGAACACGCUCCAAGGCGUUCAAAACGAAAUAUUCGCCGUCUUCCUCCUCAUGACCAUCUUCACAAACCUCGACCAACAGAUCAUCCCGCAGUUUACUGCAUACCGCAGCAUCUACCAAAUCCGAGAAGGGCCUUCGAAGAUGUACUCCUGGGUCGUGUUCCUCUUGGCCAACUUCAUUGUGGAGAUUGCGUGGCAGACUGUCAUGUCAGUGAUUCUCUUCGCCUGCUGGUACUAUCCCAUCGGCAUGCAGCGAAAUGGGAACCCCACACACGACGUCAGUGAGAGAUCCGGCAUCGUCUUCCUCUUUAUCUGGUCGUUUAUGCAGUUCACUCUCUCGCUCUCCUAUCUCGUCGUAGCGGGGAUGGCGUCCGGUCCCACCGCCGUCAAUAUCGCGCAGCUCUUGUACUCUCUUUCUUUGAUCUUUUGCGGCGUCCUCGCGAAACCGUCCGUACUUCCUCGUUUCUGGAAGUUUAUGUAUCGCGUUACGCCGCUCACGUACUACAUCGGAGGCUUGCUUUCGGCCACGCUGGGCGAAGUACCAGUCCGCUGCUCGCUUUCGGAAGUCGUUCAUAUUCCGCUUCCUUCAGAGUACACGGCUGGAUCGCUGCUGGAGUCGUGCCAGAGUUAUCUGGCUGUGUUUAUGUCCAACAACGGCGGAGCGCUGGCGGAGAGCACAUCGCCCGGUAUGUGCUCUUACUGUCUUGUCACUAACACGACGGCAGUUCUGGAUACUCUGGAGAUACACGGAGGGCGGUGGUGGCGACUCGGAGUCUCACUCGGAUAUGUGGUGUUCAAUAUUGCGGGCACGUUCGUAAUUUACUGGGCUGUAUGGGUCAGGGCUAGAAGCAAACGGGGAUAGCUGUGAAUCUCCUAGUGUAGCCCAUUCUGUCUAAUGAAUCCAACCAGUGAUCACUAAAUCGGCCGUUUUCUUCAUACCUGUGGC